AUGAGAAGUGCGGACGUUGUUGAGCCAGGAAGGUCACAGUUGGCCCUUGCCUUGGCAAUCGUCAAGCAGAAGCCUCCGACAGAAGGUGUCAAGGAGCAUCUUUUGAAGAUCCGGAAUUUCAUUAAAAGACGAAAAGAGUCGGACAUCAUCGCAGACGGAAAAUUCUUUGACAGCGUCUGCUUUUGGCAAAAGGCGUACGAGGAAUCACAAGAAGAGCAAACAAAGCUCCUCAACACCAUCUACGAGUUGGAGCAACGUAACCAGACUCUUCUUUCCAAAGUGAACAAAGAAUUUCCAGGACACGAGAGCAAGAAUCGAACUUCGACAAAGCGAAAGGUUAGCGGUACCGGCCUCACUCUAGAUGGCUCAGAAGCAGGGAAGAAAACAUCGCGAACCCGACCUACAAAGCAUAAAUCAGAGGUGAUGGACGACGAAAUUGAACCGCCGUCACUUAUGAGACCAUUGUACGCGCUCCAGCGCGCCCUGCAAAGAAGACGCAGUCCCAAUUCUCUGGCAGUUGAUGCUGUUGUAUUGUGCAAGGCAGCCGAAUGGGAGCUGUUGAGUGCUAUUCAGCGGGAUAAUGAAGGGCCACCUCGAACCGGACACGCAUCAAACCAGAAAGUGAGAGAGCCUGGCUUGCUCGUCGUCAUUCGAGGCGUGGAAGUAUCCUUUGAUCUAGUGCACAGAUCCCUCAAAACCAUAUCGAGUGCAAAGAACGGAAGUCAAUGCAUGGGCCAGAUUACCUACUAUCUGGUGUGCUUGUUCGAGUCUACCCUGACUGCCCUCACUCAGCAUUGUACCGCCGUGCAUGAACAGACAACACCCGACCAGAGCCAAAGAAUGAGUCUCAAAACAGAGGCAUAUGGGAAUCUUACUGAUCUACUAUCCACAAUGAUGCUUUCUCUUGACCCAAGUCGACAAGAGGAUCAAGAGGUCAUGGAGGGCUUCUUUUUCGUUACCCUUGACAGAGUUGGAAAGAUGCUUGCCCUUUUCGUGUUCAGCAAUCUGCAUUUGCCAACCGACGUCUGCCCAAAGCUUAGGCCCCCAGAUGGACUAGCAGCAAUGAUCCGGGAGGGCGUGUCGCCCCAAGAAAUCCAACUCGAAGCGAAAUACCUCAUGAUAUUUCUAGACAACGUCCUGGGCCCCGAUUCUCCUCUGAAUUCUUCUCACUCGUCGAUACAGUCUCAAUUUGUUCGGAAAAUGAAGAAUCGUCUACAAAAGACUUUGCUGCAGACAGUGUUCGGCGCCGAUGACCCAUUAUUCCUGGACGGAUUGGUACGCCCCGUGACACCGCCUCCUCAGAACCGUGACGCUUGUCAUGUGGACCAGCCGGAGUUUCCAGAGUGGUUUACACAGGAGCUAUGGAGACUGGUUGGUUGGGACAUGUUGAGUUCGACUCUUCGUUCCCGUUGA